AUGUGGGAACAAGCUGUGGUGUCCCGUGUGUCAUCGUAUAAUUGCGUUUGUCCCUUAGGUCCUGCUCUUCUGUUUGUAAAGACCAGCCAAGGAAAAGAGGAGGGAAGAAGAUUUUAUGCUUGUUCAGCUUGUAGAGAUAGGAAAGAUUGUAACUUUUUCCAGUGGGAAGAUGAGAAGGUGUCAGAAACUAGGAGUGCAGCACGUGAAGAAUAUAAUAGAAAUCAUCAGCCUUUUUUUACACACAGACAGAAUGUGGAAAGGUACAAGAAUUUUGUUCUGUUGCCGUUACCAAAGAGGAGGUUUUGCCAGGAAUAAAAAAAAUGCCAGCAAUUGCUAUUGCCAGCUGAAUGGGAAAAACACUCAGAUCACCAGUUCCUGUGUGAUAUCUCCACUGCCCAGUUAAAAAGUCCCAGUCAACUUCUGUAUCCACUGGAGAAUAAAAAAACGAAUGCACAGUAUUUAUUUGCAGACAGAAGUUGCCAGUUCCUACUGGAUCUUAUUAUUGAUUUAGGAUUCCGGCGAGUGCUCUCUGUUGGAACACCCAGGCUUCAUGAAAUCAUCCAGUCAAAAGCAUCACAAGAAGAAGAUUUCAGGGUUAGAAGCCUUCUGCUAGAUAUUGAUUUCAGGUAUUCACAGUUUUAUGCAGAAGAUGAAUUCUGCCACUACAACAUGUUUAACCAUUAUUUUUUUGGUGGAGAGGCUGCACGUGAAACUUGUCAGAAAUUCUUGUAUCAAGACAAUGGUGAAAGAGUUAUUAUGGUAACCGAUCCCCCAUUUGGAGGUCUAGUGGAAGCACUGGCUUCUAGUUUUAAAAAACUGAUGGCAAUGUGGAAGGAGACAGAAGAAGAAGGUCAUAACAGACAAGAGAUGCCCAUGUUCUGGAUAUUUCCAUACUUCUUUGAGUCUCGUAUUCUGGAAUUUUUCCCGAGCUUCAGUAUGAUGGAUUACCAGGUAGACUAUGAUAAUCAUGCACUUUAUAAACAUGGCAAGACAGGCCGUAGACAGUCCCCUGUCCGUAUCUUCACGAACCUUACCCCAAGUAUGAUUGUACUUCCUGUGGAAGAGGGUUAUAGGUUUUGCGCUAUAUGUCAGCGGUAUGUUAGUUCUGGUAACCAGCAUUGUGAGAUAUGCAAUUCAUGUACGUCGAAAGAUGGUAGACGAUGGAAACAUUGUGUUCUUUGCAAAAAAUGUGUAAAACCCUCUUGGUUUCACUGUAACAAUUGCAACUGCUGUGCUCUUCAAAACCACGUUUGUAAGAAGACUGAUGCUGGCUGUUUUGUCUGUGGCAAGGCAGGUCACAAGCGCAGUACCUGUCCCAGUCUCUCCGGCACCAGAACAGCUUGCCAAGCUGACAAAAAGCAAAGGCAGAAAACUGUGAAGAGGAUAAAGAUGGGGAUCUGUAGAAGAUCAGCUAUCAAGCAUGCCAUGUUCUCCAGGAAGAAAGUUUUACUUCAUCGGCUUGCAAACUUUCAACGAGUGUGGAGUUUGCCUCCAAAUGAAAAUACAGGAAAAGAAGUGACUGCUCUUGCUUGGAGACCAGAUGGCAAAAGUAAUGACAAGUAUACGAGGUGA